AUGGCGGAUGAGAUUCGUAGAGAAGAAAGUGGAGAGAUAAGAGUGGAAGAGUCUCGAGGAAUGAAGGGCCUAAAAAGAAAGCCUCCAUCUACUGGAGGUGGAGUCUCCAGUAGAACUAGAGGUAGAAAGGCGGUAUCAAAUGGGAAUGAGCCGGUUAGAGAAGAGAGUAAUCCAGUGAGAGGAACGACUGUAGUUUCGCUCUCACUUGAUACCGAAAGUGAAGGCAUGUCUGCUGUUUCCUCCAAGGAAAGGCAACCACCACAGCCCCUUGAAAUAUACUUCGAGAACACACAGUACCUGAAGACUUGCAAGAUUCAGACCAAGUGUCGUGUGAAGAAGACAGUUGAUGUGAUUAACGAACUUAAGGAGGAGGCCGGCUGGUUCACAACCCAUCCUCAGUUUUGUCAGUUCUUCCACAUGCCUGAUGAAGAAUUCCUGAAGCUCCAAGGAAUGUGGAUGUUAUUGCUGCACACCAUUCGUAUUGAAGGAGAAGAUGCUGCAUGGUUUGCGGUGAAUGGUGUGCCCAUCCGCUACUCUAUGAGGGAGCAUGCCCUCAUCUCUGGCUUGGACUGCCAUGAGUAUCCGAGUGGACAUUUGAAGCUCGGGGGUACUAAGUUUGUGGAUUAUUACUUCGGUAAUAAGAAGAAGAUCACCAUAGAAGGUGUGAAGCAGAAGCUGCAAUCUAUGGGAACGGCAUGUAAUGAUAGAUUGAAGAUGGCUGUCCUGUUCUUCCUUGGUCGGGUUAUCAGAGGAACGACGAAGGAUUCUGCAGCAUUAAACUCGUUCAUCUUAAGGAUAGUGGACGAUUUGGAUGUUUGCAGAAAAUUUCCUUGGGGUCGUCUAACAUUUGAGGAUGCAAUAAAGGAGAUUAAGCAUGUAAUGGAGCUUCUGAAGGGUGAAGUGCACCAUGCAACCGACUUUAAUGGAUGCAUAAUUCCAUUAGAGGUUUUGGCUUUUGAGUGUAUUCCUAAGCUGGGGAAAAAAUUUCGAAUCUCUUCAGACGGCGCCAGUGGAGAUUGUCCUAGGAUGUGCAAGAGUCGGUUUACAAAGUGUAGCAUGAAGGGUUAUCCUUUGGAAGAUAUAUAUGCUACGGUUGGAAAGACAAAGGUUAUUAACAGUGUGUUAGUUCCAACGGUGGAUGAGGAAACUUUGCUGGCUCGUAUCAUUGAUCCGGAGCCAGAGUAUCACCGUGAGGGUAGCACAAGUGAUAGGUGGAACUACUGGCUAAAUGUGAAACAGAAGAAGAUUUGGUGGAAAGAACUUUAUGAGUCAGAUGUUGCUGCACAAAAGUUUACAAAGACGGAAGACAAAGAAAAGGUGACGAUUGUAGAAGGUUCAUCUUCUAAUUCUGGUUUGGAGUCGAUGUUGAAAGGUGUGGAAGAGAGGAUUGUGAAGUCCAUGGAAGAAGGAUUUUCUGGAAUUAAUUUAACGGUAGAGACAAAGUUGGAGGCUAUGAAUUGGACGAUGGGUAAACUUGAGAAGAACCAGCGAGUUUUGAAGAAAAAGGCUAAGAAAAUAGAAGACAUGUUGACUUCUAUUGAAAGCAAGGGAAAUGAGGAUGAGGAAUAUAGACAGUGGAAUGAUUUUAAUUAUGGUAGAGAUCAUGGGAAGGAUAGAGAGAUGGCUGAGGCAGAGAAGGCUGAGACAUGGGAGAAAAACAGUGAGAAAGGUGAGGAAGACGAGGAAAACAGUGGGAAAGAUGAGGAAGACGAGGAAAAGAGUGAGAAAGACGAGGAAAACAGUGAGAAGGGUGAAGAAGAGGAAGAGCAAGAACCUGAAAAAGACAAAGAAAACAGUGACUCUGUUGAGAAAGGCGAAGAAAACGUGGAGGAAUCAGAUGAAGAAGAUUAUCUGUUAAGGCUUCAAGAAAGAGUCAGAGUACAAGCGGAAGAAUUUUGGAGGACAAUUGAUGAUGAGUCUGAUGCUGAGAAAGAGGCUGAGAAAGAGGGUGAGAAAGAUGGUGAGAAAGAUGGUGAGAAAGAGGCUGAGAAAGAGGCAGCAGCUGCGAGGAAAGCUAUUCAGACUGAGAUUGCUGAGCUAGCUGAGAAAGAGGCUGAGGUAGAAGCUAUUCCGACAGAGGAAGAAGCUAUUCAGACUGCGAUUGUUGAGAAAGAGGCUGAGGUUACUGAGAAAGAUGCUGAGGUAGCUGAGAAAGAGGGUUAA